UCUUCUUCAUCUUCUUCUUCCUAUCUGUUGGUCUACUUACCUCUCCGUCCCUCUACCGUCGAUCACCUUUUUCUCCCUUACUCCGUUCCUGUUCAUCAUUAUCCAACCAACGAUAGCACACCGUGCUCUUCUCUUCAGUUCAGUUGGCGCGACGCAGCUUUACUCACCGAUACACUCGGCUUACUCACCACCGUCGUGCACAGCCUCUCGUCGUCGCGUCUUGCCGCGCCUCGCUUCGCCACGACUUCUCCCCGUUACCCGCCUCGCAGAUCCACGACUCGCAGCGAGUCGCGUCUCUCGAGAGCGUUCGCUGAUAUUCCGCUUCGUCCACGAGGCAACCCGACGGGGGGGAUAUCACACGCCUCGAGAGAGGACCUGGACAAGGAGCACCAAACGAUCGCCGGACGGUGCUGAGCAACGUGCUUCACUCCUUCCGUUCCUCCUCCGUGCUGAGCCAAAGAAACGACCAGUCAGCACCCGACUGUCCUGUCGACACGACACGCGAUCCAUCAGGACACCACGAGAUCGUCCUCCCUUCGUCGGUGUAACGACGUCCGAGGACCUUCGAACGUCAAACACAGGAUACUAGCACGGUUGGUGAACUUGGUGAACCGGUGAAGAUCGAAUCGAUCGUCGCGUGCUACCGUUCCCCACCUCUUCAUCCACGUCUUCGACGACGCGACGGUCUUAACUGGAAGGACGAUAUCUAGUCAAAGGGAUUCCUUCGAAGGAUUAUCUCGCGUCCAUUCAGUGAUCCGAAGAAGAGUCGCGUGACACGCGUCGCGAACACGUGGUCGCCACGAGGCACACCGCUGAAAGCCACAGUCCCGUCGCGACACCUCUUCAGGAUGUUCAAUCGGACGUUUCGUUCAGGAUAUCGGUAGGAACACGAUCCUAGCCGUGGAUCGAUGAACGAAGAGGAAGAAGAAGAAGAAGAGUGCUCGAGUGUGAGGAAUAGUGUGCUGUUGUUGAAAUCCAGAGUGAAUCUUACAGUUUCCAUUCUUCGCCCUUUCUUUCAUCUACUUCUUCUACUUCUCUCUUAUCUAUGACUGACUGACUCUUCUCUUUCUAUCCCUUGCGUGGUAUCGUAACGUGGUGAACUCGUAACGGUGGCACGUGACCGAGAUUGAAAAAGAAAAUAUAAAGGAAAACGGAAAAACGAGUUCGAGAAAGGAGGAAAAAGAAGAAAGGAAAGAACGGAACAGGUGGGAAAGUGAGAACCGUUCGACGCAAGUGCGACUACCAACCCCCGACUUCAAGGUCGUGGAAUGACGCAUAAGAUCAUCCCGUGCGACGAGCAGGAGCAAGGCCAAGGGUGACAGCGGCGGUGUGAUGAGCGGAUAUCUCGGUAACAUCACCCUGCCCCCAACGUUGUUGCACGACCCGAAGUAUCCUCCAGCCAUGCGGGAGAAGGACUCGAGUCCAAGAAAAAUGCCGGGCCAUAUCAGCCCAAAGCAGGCGAGCAUUUACCCGCUGAGCGUUCGCGUGUCAGACGUCGAAGAAUUGCCGUACGACUUGAGCCAUGGUCACGGCCGCGGUCUAUCGAGUCCCACGAACCAGCAGCAACACCAGCAACAACCCCAUAUGAGUCCCGCGGCUAGGCCGCCUCAGACACACCAUCAGGACGAUCUCGACUGUGAGCCGUUGGAUCUGCGCGUCGAUCACAAGAAGGAAAGGCUGACGGACGAAAAUCAGAACGAGAUAGAGGUUCUGAAUCAAAACAGUCUCGGUAACAGUAUCCCUUACCACACAGUCCUGUUCCCCCAACACCAUGCCGUCCAUCCGUUGGUCUUGGAAGCCAUGUACCGAUCGCAUCACCAUACCUCCCCCGUUCCUGACCUACCGAAGAUCCAAGUUCGAGCUCUGCCGACGAUGGUACCUCUACCACCGAACAGAUUCCCAUCCACCACCUCGUCCACCUCACCCUCCUCGUCGCAGACCGUUCCCAGAGUACCCAGUCCUUCGAGUGGUCCUCAGCAUCCUCAACAGCAGCAAAGCCAUUCGAGCCAACAGCAACAGCCACCGCAACCAGCGUCCAGCCUUCCACCUUACUCCAUCAGCGUACAAGCCGGCCUGAAACCCAAGGACAGAUACUCGUGCAAAUUCUGUGGCAAAGUUUUUCCUAGAUCGGCCAAUCUAACCCGACACCUGAGGACGCACACCGGCGAACAACCGUACAAGUGUAAAUACUGCGAGAGAUCGUUCAGCAUCUCCAGCAAUCUCCAGAGACACGUCAGGAAUAUCCACAACAAGGAGAAACCGUUCAAGUGUCCGCUCUGCGAACGAUGCUUCGGUCAACAGACCAAUCUCGACAGACAUCUGAAGAAACACGACGCGGAUGGACCAACGAUACUGGACGAGGUCAGAUCAAGGUACCAUGGACAGCUGCCAAGGGCGGACGAGUCGUAUUUCGAGGAGAUUCGCAGUUUCAUGGGCAAGAUCACGUCGCAGAGACAAGGGAUACCUUACUUCCCUGGUCUACUCGGACACGGGGGGGACGAGUUCAGGAACGACAAGCAGCAACUCCAGCUGGAAGAGAAGAGAGGCGAUUCUUCCUACUUUAGCGACAGGGACAACCUGAGCUCGAGGUCGAGCAGCACCACCAGCAGGCCUGAAAGUGUACAAGAAGAACAGAGGGAGGUCAAUUCACCGCCUAUGUCGCCCGGGAACAACACCUGAGUCCUGGCAGAUCGAUGUUCCCAAACGUGCUACCAUGAACACUUAAACCUAUCCCCCGAGAGACAGAAUUAUUUUUAUACGAUACACCUUGUCGUUCUAUGCGAUUCUCGCAUCUUGAAGCUAGGAUUUAGCGAAUUAGGAACCGGGUGCCUUUAAAGUACGUGCCUAAUAAUGUUCUCUAAGAUCGAAGUUUGCGGAUCUCGAUUGCACAGAGGACGAGACUCGACCUUAAGUGCCGAUAUUUUUUAGUUUUACUUUUACCAUCGCCGUUCGUGAUUCGAAAAGUAAGGUAAGUUUUACGUAGGGUGACUUUAAGAAACGGGUCUAAGGCUUCGAAGGUUUGGACCCUUUUUUCAACAUUCUGUAUAAUCGAGCUGUUCAUUUCGCGUGGUAGAUCAUUUCGAAGGGAAGUUUCUUAACGCGCAGGCUGUCGAAAUGUCAUCGUAAAUACCGAUUACUGAUUCUUCGUUAAAGAACGUCUUAUUCAAUCGCGUUCGCUGCUGGAACGAAGAUCGGCACAAUCGCUACGGGGAAAAGAAGCCGGCGUGGAAAACAAAAACGGUCAGAAGGAAAAGAUCGAUCGAAUUUAAUGCGAUUCGUUCCAGCGGCAAAGAAGCAUUGAAAACGAUGCUUCUCGAUUUUACGAUCUAGAAAGCGAACUUCAACCACUCCAUCGCCUCGAAGCUAAUCCGCGGCAUCGAUCGGUGAACCGCCAAUGAUGGAUAAUAAAAUAGAAAUCGGUGGGCGGAUCCGUGCGGCUGUCAAUCGACGGUCGACAGGUCUAGGAAUUGUCCUCUACGAGGAAAGACAGGAAAUUCGACGGUUCAGACACGAAUCAUUAAGUUUUUCAUCGAGGUAACCAGGAGGUGCCUUGAGAAUCCCGGGACCAUUUUAACAGGCUAUGAAAUCGCGAAGGAAACAACAUUUUUAUUUGUUUCUCUUUUAAAAUCGAAAUGAAAGUAGCUACAGAAGCAAGGAAAAUGAUUGCAAAUGGCAGCGAGUACAUGGGAAACGCGUUCACCCGGGGAAUCUAUAAGUUGACAUGGAAAAGUGGCGUACUUCCUGCCGAUGAUGAUUAGCAAAAAGAAGGGAACGAAAGGCGUCAUCAGUAAGAUCCCACACGUCGACGAUAUAUACCCUUCUCAUUUCCUGCGGACGAUCGCUGAAAACUCUACCCGGGGCGAAACGAUCUAAUCACCUUCCGCUGUUGCGAAUUCACCGGUACUUUCUAAUCGGUAAGCUACCAACUAACAUCCACGCGAGCCAGAGUUACUUCGACCUUGAGCCGAAGUGGUUCACUUCGAUUAAUUAUACCCGAUCUAGAUCGGCAUCGACAGCAACAUCGAUCGACCGUUCGAAAAUUGAUACCGGAUGAUUACAUAGCCUGCGAACAGUUAUGUACCCCGUUCGAAGUACAUCAAGGUAAAAGAUAGCCUACAAUUUCUUCAGAUAGAAACUCGUUAACGAAUCAUCCACGACCGUAGUCCUUAAAACGAAGUUUAAACGCGAUUUUCGAAGAUCGAUCGAGGGCUCCGAUCGAUCGACGCUAUCUCGGAGGAAGUAUGUUUCCUUCUCGCUGUAGCCGAGCUCCGUUAGGCUUCGUUUCAUGCUUCUACCGAGGCUCUCUCGGCUUGGCUCCUUUAUUGCGUUUCACUUUCGCGAUGAGCUUGCCCGUGCGAUCGGGGCGUGGCAAAAGUGUAACGCAACAGAGGUCCGAGGCCAUCUCGUCGACCGGGAUCGUGUGUAUACAUGUAUAUGCGUGCCUCUGUUCAACGAGGCACAAGUUGGCCGCCACGAACAAGAAGAGAGAGGAGAUGUAUCCGAGAUCUAUAUAUCGUCGUCGAGAGCUUAGUCACACCUCGCCACGUCCUCGUUGCUGCAUCGAUCUCCUUACGAAAUCGGUAACUCUCUUAAAAUGGAUUUCGUGAACCGAUCGAUUCUACUGAUCGCUGAUGCACAUGUUGAUGCACCUCGAUCGACGACCAAACCGUCUGCGCGCCUUCUUCUCCCUGUGGUUUUCGGUCGUUUUCACAGUUGCGGUUUACUCUUCGAAAUAAAUUUGAAUCUUUCAUCUCCAUCAUCCGGCUUUUUUCGCUCGUUUUCAUUACCAUGCAGUCACUGACAGGAUAUCAUGGAACGUUGUAUCGAAAGUUUCCUCAUGGACGUCAUUUUUCGAUGAUUUUAUCGAUUCGAACGCACUACCCAGGUUUCCUUUAUAUCGAUACACCUAUCAAGGUCGCGGCUUUUCGUGCGCAAAUCUAGCUCUCAUAUAAUUUACAAGAACAUUCGAAACUAGAAAGCGCAAACUGUUUCUCACGCGUGGAUCAUCGUUCAAUGGGACUCCUUGGGAACGAAUACGGCCAACCCCAACCAUCGAUGGUCGAACGCGUUUACCAAGGUCAAGAGGAGAUCUCCCUCGGGCCUGGGUGUAAACACCGUCCGCCUGCACCUGCGCUACUUGCAGUGAAUGUACAAGGUAGAAAGUACCGAUAAAUUGCCGCCUAAUAUCGUGACGGCGUACCACGAUCGGAUGGCUCUUGCGCUUCUUACUUUCUUGGAUUCAACAGGCGACUUUUAGUUUUCCUUAUCCCCUAAUCGUGCCGAAAUCUCUUCUUGAGAUCGACUUUUUUCAGAAAAUAAAAUUCAUGCGAAACGGACAGGUUGCAAAACAACGCACGGAAAUUCAAAUCGCGUGUUCGUGGAAGUGUUCGCAAUCGGAAACGAGGAAUAUCGUUCUGAAAAUGAUACCAGGAUACGAAAGGUCGACUUUCGAUAGAAAAGAUCCAAGUCUCUAUAAUUUCCGCGCUAGUCAGUUGACCAGUUUCAUUGCGAAAAAGAAAUUUCUCGAGGGGACGAUUCUCACCGUCGCGUCGUCCGCGCGACAUUUUUCGAUCUCAUCUCGUUCCAGUUUGCACGCGUGAUUUCACUCGUGCUCGCUAACGGACAGCUCGAAAACAAUUCCAAUUGCGACAGCCUGCUGCGAAAAGAAACUGAAAGUCCAAAAGGAAAUUUUCGUUCUCCUUUUUUUCUUUUCUUCUGCCACACGAGUCACUUUGUACAUACGCGAUUUGGCGGUUGCUCGUGUUACGAAUAAUAACGUUAGCGUGAUACAGGCUGUUCCAAGUUUUUCUUUUCAUACCGUUCGCGUAAUAUGGCUGAAAGAAACAUGGGACAUUUUGUACGAUAUACACAGGUGUACCUAUAGCUGCUAGAAUUCGAAACGAGGCUCAAUUUAGUUAGUCCAAGUUGUCGCGGAUGUAUUAGUUCUCCAAGCAACGACGAGUUCUCUAAUCAGUGGUGCUGUCAAAUUUUCGAAAAACUUCGAUGCUUCAAGUCAAAUUUCCCCACUGGCUUAAUGGUGUCGAACUCGUCAGGGUUUAAAGCAUGGAAGGCAGCUAAUCCCGCGAAUAAAGCGUGCAAUUACAACGCGGAGGUCUCGAUCCUCACGCAACGAAUAGUCAGCCGCGCGCGCGCGAGGUGUACCAAGCGGAUUGUAAAAAGUACAUUUAAUUUUUAUACGUAGCAAUAUACAUACACACAAACAGGCAGAAACAUAGAGAUCUAUAUGCAGAUGAUUAUUGAAGAAAAUAAUACAGAUAAUAUAUAUAUAUAUAUAUAUAUACACAUGUAUGUAUUUGUAAACCUUACCACGAUUGUGAUUUCACCGAGGUUACCGAGUUAAUACGUAUUCUAUCUACUGUUUAGCCAGAAACGCGGCGAAGCUACGAUGCGCUCGUUACCUUUUUCUUCUUUUCCGUAAAACCGCUAGCUCGUAAGUGUACGCACAUGACCAAGCUCAGUUCGACCCGUAGGGUUCUUUCUAUUUCCUUUUCAUUUCUUUCUCUUUGUCUCCUUUUACAUAGUCAAAUUUCAAGUGGGCCAAGUGCCCGGUAUCGUCGUCGCAUCGAAAACAUAUCCUCUUUCUCCUUUUUUCUUCUUUUCUUUUUACAGAGAUUACACGUUUAUCGUAAGAACGACAGGAUGAUCUCGUCGCAAAGAUGAAAUUCGUUCGUCGAGAGGCAGGAUUUCUUGAUCGCGAACGAUUCCCUUUCCUAUUUUUGUAUUUACAGGUAAAUCCACUCUGUUUAGCCCCCCCGUAGUCGCGCGUCCUGUAGUAUAGUGGUGACUGUAUAUAUGUUCAUAUGUAAUAUUCGAUUUGAGAAAAAUAUAUAUAUAUAUAUAUGUAUGUACACAUACGAAC